AUGGCAUCGCACGGCAGGGAGUCCAUCCAAGGAGUCUUGGUGACCUGUGAUCCCCCCACGAAGCAGUACCUACGUCACUUGAACCUCACCCCUGGCAAGAAAAAGUUCAUCAUCCAAGACCUGGACGACCACCACCUGUUCAUCGACCCAGACCCGGCCAUCGUGAUGUACAUCAACGAGAUGAUUGACAAGUGGAACGAUAAGAACACAUAUCAAGCUCCGACUAAUUAAGUUAAGGAUGAAAUCUCCCGAAACCAGGCUUCCACAGGCUCCCAUUUCGCACCAUGGGCUACCACAUGCACUUGUCGCUCGCCUUCAACGUCCGUGUACUUGAUAUGG